AUCGAUGUUCUGUCAAAUUAUUAAAUACAUUUAUGUUUAUCGAAAUUUGUAAUGAAAACUGAAACAUCCAAAAGAAAAGUGGACAUAUUUUACCCAUGUUCGGUGCAUUUGCUCACCAAUGGAUCAGUCGUAGAUUGCGAAUACAAAUUGGAGAACAUAGGCAACGAUCUAUUAGAUUAUAUUUGUGAGUAUCUGCAUGUAGAACAAAAGUGUUACUGGGGGCUGAGGUACGUAGAUGAAUAUGGACAAAAACAUUGGUUGGACGAAAAUAAACUAAUCCAUUCUCAGGUGAAGAACACAAGUUUGAUGCAUUUCUAUUUUAGAGUUAAAAUAUAUCCGCCUGAUCCAUAUAAAGUUUCUGAUGAUGAGGCCAAGUACCAAAUAUUCAUGCAGCUUAGACUAGAUUUAGUUAGUGGCAAACUAGGAUGUAAGUCCUGCGAUGCAGUUAUGCUGAUUGCGUUAAUACUACAAUACUCUUGUGGAGACUUUGACGACGAAGUGCAUUUGGGCAAUUAUGUUCAAGAAAAAAUUGUCAUGAACCAAACUUUCAGUAUAGAAAUGAAAGCUAUAGAAAUACAUAAAAACUAUUUGAAAGGUAUUACCAUAUAUCAAGCAGAAGACCUUUUCCUGCGUAUGGCUUGUCAACUGGAGACUUAUGGUGUGGAACCGUAUCUCGUAGAAAAUAUUUACAGCGACAAAAUGACUUUGUGGAUUAAUUAUAAAGGAGUAGCAGCUUAUAAAGGAGGAAGGGAAGUGCACAAGUUCGACUGGAUGUCUAUAUUAAAUGUUACUCAAGAAGACGAUAGAUUAGUACUAAAUUUAACUACCGAAGAUAGCAUAAAGUUUUACUGUUUCACUACAGCCCAAUGUGAUUACAUUUACCAAGCAACGUUAGCUGCUUUUGCAUAUUUCACCUCGAUUAACAGAAAAAACAUUGCAUCUCAAGUUCAAGAUAGAGAAGAUAGUCUUAAAAGUGUUGAAAGGGUUGAGGUGGGUUCAGAAAUAGAAGUCUUAAAUUCCAGUAUUAUUUUAGAUAGCUCUUCUUCAUUGGUGAUUAUAUACAAAGCAUGUACAUUGUUUAAAAAAUUUCGGUAUCUUCUAUUUAUCGCGAUGAUGUGCAUUUUUAUAAAAGUUUUUCGUGUUAUUAGCUGGGGUAGUCCUGAAAUUUAUAGUCAGAGAACCUGGUACCAGAAUUAUCUGUACAUUUUUAAUUAGACCUUAAGAAAUAAA